GCCAGCAACUCGCGCGCCAACGUACCACCGUCGCUGCAAACAGACAACAAUCUCGUCGACUGUUUCGAAGAAUCGCGUGAAGUUUUUUCAAAAUUCCGGGAAACGAUCAUUACUCUUAUAACCAUUUUUUAUAAUGUGGUUUUUGUGCGAAACAAUUUUUUGAUUGUUAAUAAUCGAUGCUGUUACAUAGGUGAAGAAGAUAAAAAGUGUGAUGUAAAGAAUAUAUGUGGCACAGUGUGAACUGCAAGUAUAUUAGACUUCGAGACACAGAACAGGCGAAAACGAUGUCGACAUCGUAAAUCUGCCAUCAUCGCCCCAGCAGCCAGUUUUAGUUUCGCGCAGCGAAAAUUACCACGAGAAAGUGCUGCAGUGCAGUGAUUAGGACAAACAGUCUUGUCAACCCGGCACGUAGACAAAAGUACGGGUAAAAGUGGAGGGCACGUCGGCCUCGCUACUGGAGGAGCUGAUUGCGGGCCAGCACCAUCAGCAGCAAGAGCAGCAGUACGAGCAGCAGCAGCAGCAGCAGCAUCAGCAACGCGCCAAUGCCGUGGCGGCCUUUAUGAACAAUUAUCCGGCAGUCGCUGCAGCUGCUGCUACUGACAGGAACAGCAGAAUGGUUUCGCACGUUAUCCCUGUGUCAGCUGGAGUUAGCUCCUCCUUCUCGUCGCCGCUCAACAUGCACUCCGAUCUUUAUCACCAUUAUGAACUUCAACAGGGUAAUGGCGGACUUGGUAGUACAGGACUCCAGGAGACGGUGCACGGCUUGAAGAUCAAGCAAGAGCCGACGAGCUAUCAGUUACCCACUACUUCGACCCUUCCAUCGAUGCAUCAAGUGAGCAAUUUCGUGACGGAUCAAUUGGCGAGUGGCUGCAUGAGCAGUCCAAAGGACCUGAACGUUGGCAGCUUGUCGCACGAUUCCUCGGUCGUCGUCUCGUCGAGCUUGCUCGACCAUCAUCAUCAUCACACUACGCUACACCACAGUCCCGAUUCUGCCGUGUCAUUGCCGUCGAGCAGCAAUGUACCCUUGCUCAGCUCCGCGCAUCCACUUCACACUCGCUCGCUGUCGGGGGCGACGAAGCGCAAAGCCGAAAUUUCCUUGAGCGACCAAGAGGACGAGGAAAACGACGACGACGGCAGCAACGCCAACACAAGUACGCCAACGCAAAAACACAUCAAGCCGCGCUCGUCGCGCGGGACCGUCAGACCAUCGUCGUCUAACGACCCGAGCAGCAGCGCUUCGACCAAGACCAAGGCGAAUAGCGAGACCAACAGCACCACGCAAUCGGCCGAUGGAACAAGCGAGUCGAGCGAUGCCAAGCCACCGUACAGUUACGUGGCCCUCAUCACCAUGGCCAUCAAGAGCAGCGAGCACGAGAGGUGCACUCUCAGCGAGAUAUACACAUUCAUCGAAACCAAUUUCUCCUACUACAAGAAGAACAAGAAGGGGUGGCAAAAUUCCAUCAGGCACAAUCUAAGUCUCAAUGAGUGCUUUGUCAAGGUGCCGCGCGACGGCGGUGCCGACAGGAAGGGCAAUCAUUGGACUAUACAUCCCGAUGCCGGCGACAUGUUCGAGCACGGCAAUUGGCGACGACGCAAGCGUAUGAAGCGCAAUUACCGUAACACUCCUUACACGAACAAUCGUUUGUACGGCGAUCCUUUCCAGUCGACUCACAUGCAUCAUUUGGGUGCCACAAGGAAUAUCUUUGCGCAUUCCCCACCUGCAUACUCAGCUGCUACUUAUCCUCGUUAUGACACGAGUGCGUGGACUUUGCAGCAACAGCCUCUUUCGACUUACGGUCACUGCCAACUGCAGCAACAGUUGCCGAUGCAAUCGAUGCAGAUUCCAACGAUGAAUGGUUACAGUCAAAUCAGUUCGUCAUUAGCCUUUCCAGGCAAUUACCUCGAUGUUACAGGCGGUACUAGCGCUGCCACCGCCACAAGUAUGAGUAGCAACAGUUUCGCCGGUGGAUUUACUGCUGCUUGCACUAGAAGACAUGACGUUAGCGCUGCUGCUGCUGCCAUGUCUGUCAGCGAUGCUGUAUCGCGUUGCUACUGGCCUGAAAUGAUGAAAGAAGAGCCAGGCAACACGUCAGUCUCGCCAAGUAGCGUAAGCACAGUCGGUGUCGCUUCCAACGUUUACGGCUCGACGACACCGUCAAGUGUUUCAUCCAUUGGUUACUCGCCCGACUUUCAGACACGCUCUAAGUGUUACAUGUGAAAAUGAUCAAUUGACAAAUUUUCCUUAGCCAUGCCGUUCGAUCGAUAUAUAAAUAGAAAUGCCUUUUCUCUUUGAUUUUAUUCUUCAUUCUCAAAAUUUUAUUCGUUUUCAUUAUUUGCGAUUUGGGAAAGGAAUCUUCAAAAUCGUACAUUUACUAUUGCAAUUUUUAUAGUAUUUUAAUCGACGCUUUUUUCGGCGUUCGAUAGUACAAGAAACUUAUAUAAUUAUUUUAGGAGUUCUAUUUUUAUGAUGGUUUUCUGAGAAUUUUAAAUUUAUUCUCAAGAUAUUUUAAUUCUAUGGUGUAUAAAAAGUACAAUUUUCAGACUUUCUUUAUAUAUGGAAUAAGCAAUGGAAAGAAAAUAUUAUUUUAAGUUAACUUUGCAAAGAUAUUUCAUUUUAAAAAUAUAAAAUCAUUCAUGCUUUUUUUGAUACGUACUUUUAAGUUCAGAUUUUAUAGUGUUUUGUUAACCAACACUUCAUUUAAAUUGACACAUUGAAUUUGUCAUUCAUUUUGCGUAUCUCUUACGUUUGUAAAGAAAAAACAAUUUGACUUCUUUUAUUAAUUAGAUUAAAUUAAUAAUUCUUUGUCUUUUUAAAAGCACUAUUAAGUGGUUGUUGGACAGUAUUUUACGCGCUCAUGACGAUAUAUUUUUAUGAUAUUCUUAAUUACGUUGCUACAACUUUUAAUGAAAUUUUAAAAAAUUCAUUCCAAUGCUUUUAUUCUGUUAAUAAAAUUAUUAGUAUCAUUUUAGCCUUCGAGUAAACAAACGAAACCCAGCGUCAAUGGGCGUGUGUUUGUAAAUAAUUUUAUAGAAAGUAAUAUGUUAAGAAUUUGUUAUUUGAAAAAGUACAUGUAAAAGACGAAUUUCACAUAACGAUGUUUUUAGUUUUGUUAUCAGAUAAAAAGAAAAAUGUUAGUUAAUCAUUUAUUAUCAAUAAUACGACAUAUUGAGCUAUAAUAUAAUGACAUAAAUUAUGAUUAAAAGUGAUGUAUGUUGUGCUUCGAUCAUUAUACGUUGUAAGAUCGUGAAUACCUGUAAAUUUUUUUUAUUCAGAAAAAAUUUGUACCUUAAUAUGUACAAGCGCCGUAGGAAGUCUAUGACUAUCUGUCUGUUAAAGAGAGUAUCAUGGAAAGUACUUUUUUCGUUGGCAAAACUGAAAUUUUCAGAACAAAACAAAAAAUGUGCUAUUUACGAUCAAAUUUAUCUCUUGAAAUGCUUCACUUUGACAGCGACAAACUGAUGUUGAAGUCAAGAUCUCGCUCUAUUGUUAGAUAUUAAGUAAAAAAAAUAAAUACUGGGUUGCGUUAUAUAUGUUGAUAAUCGACAAAUUUUAUUUUAAUCUUUGAGAAGCGAAAGGGAACCAAAUAAAACUUACUUAUUUAUCUUGAAAACACACUGUCUAAUCAUUGGCUAUCUUCCUACAGAAGUAUAUCUGGUCUGAGUGUAGCACCUAUGUAACGCAUGCGCGGAAAAGGAGCAAAAUCAUAGGUAAACGGGAGAAGAGGAGGCGACCGCGAAGCCCCGCCCUGGCUGAAACAUAGAGGAAGGGCCACCGCAAAGUCCGCUAUUCAACCUGAUGGAAGACCAAUGGCGCAUUUAUGUAUACGAAUUUCACUGGAAGUGGAGGGGCUUUAACUUUGCUGCGGGAAUUCAUAUGAAGGUAUAAACGCAGCUGCAGUAAUUAGACUAAUUUUUACUUCGACGCAAAGUAGACGUAAUAUCCAUGAGUAGAUAUUUAUGGCUAUCAGUGCAUUUGUUUACGCA